AUGGCAUAUGCAUCCUCCUUCAUUCGUCAAGGUCAGAUACGGAUCUCAUCUCUCCAUUCCCUGCGAUAUGGCUUCAAUUUCGCUAUAAGCCAUGAUCUUAGGUUAAGGUCUCGCUUUGGACCCAAGUAUGUUGCAAGAAGGCUGGGCGUAUAUGCCAAAGACCGGCUGCUCGAGGGUCGGCCAUUGACAUCAUCUUCAAGGCCACCAAAUCAAGAGAAUAAUCGCGACUUAGAAGAAGAAGAUUAUGACGAUUUCAUAGUUAAAGGUCCGGAUGCCCCGAAACCACUACAGGAAACGAAAGAUGCAUCCACAGGGACAAGGAAAGUCCUUCUUCCGCCACUUUCAAAGCAGCAGGAACAAGCAAGGCAGAUUUUGGUAGCUGGCAAGCAAAACAUCCUAAUAAAUGCAUGUGCUGGUAGCGGGAAAACUACAACUUUGCUACAGAUGGCUUCUCAUCUUGGAAAAAAGUUUCUUGCUCUUCUCUAUAACCGAAGAUUAAGGGCAGAGACAAUCGCGAGAUCCGAGUCUUUGGACCUUAGAAAUUUGACAAUAGAUAAUUACCACGGUCUAGCAUAUCGAUAUUAUACACCAGAAGCAGACACGGACCAGGGAUUGAAACGAAUAGUUGAAGAAGAUAUGCAACCAACUCACCCACUCCCUGAAUUUGAUGUCCUGGUUCUCGACGAGCAACAAGACAUGAAUCCGAUCAUAUACAACUUCGUACUGAAGCUAUUGCGAGAUUGCGCCAAAACCGGGACCAACUCACCUCAAUUAAUGCUUCUCGGUGAUCCCAGGCAGAUUCGCGCUAUCAAGGAAAUUUAUCAAUUCAACAACGCAGAUAAGCGGUUCCUAACACAUUGUCGGGACCUAUUCACUGGCCAAUAUCUUGAAAACGGCAAAGCUCAUGAACGAACGUGGGUAGAAAUUAAUCAAAUGGUUUCCUUUAGAAUGACAAGCCAAAUCAUUCGUUUCAUAAACCGACAGCUUCUGAGAGGCUCCAAACCACAGAUUGAAGCUGUUAAGGACAACCCUGAUGACCCUCUCCCAAGAUACGUGGUGUGCGAUGCAUACAGCGAUGCGCCACUAAAAGAGCUUAAACGUUUGUUAGAGGAAGAAAAGCUUCCUCCAGAAGAGAUUUUAAUCAUGGCACCAUCUUUAAGAUCCGCGAGAAAUCCUAUUCGUGACCUCGCCAAUCUCAUCGCUUUGGAGAUGCCCGAAGUCCGUCUUCAUAUACCCACAGACGACGAUGAUAGUAUAUCGGAAAAAGUUAGCGCGGGAAAACUUAUCUUUGCUUCUUACCACCAAGCAAAAGGAAUCGAAAGAGAAGCUGCCAUACUCUUCAAUUUCUCUAGUUCCUACUAUGACUUCUAUGACCGACAUCCUACAACAUUGGUACAUGUCGGGAAUGUACAAUAUGUCGCUGCCACACGAGCAAAGAAGCACUUAAUUUUAAUUCAUCAUUACGAAGAUGACUACCUCCCUUUCAUAGAUCGGAAGACAUUGUCAAAGUAUUGCUAUCGACCCCCAGGCCCGAACUCUAGAGUCAAACCCCAUCGAACAGAGAAAGAAAUUGAACGAAUAAAGAUGCCGAAGGUUCGAUGGAAAGUUACUGAUUUAACGAGAAACAUACCUGAGAUGAUUAUAUCCGCUUGUUUUAAAGAACUCGGGUUAGAGAUGGUUCGGGAGCCAAAUGACUACAGAGUUCGACCAGAUCCACAUGUUGAAGUCGCACCUGGUGAUUGGGAGGCUGUGGCAGACAUCACUGGAACAGCUGUACCAGCGAUAUUUGAAUACGAGCAGCGAGGAACGUGCAAGCUGAUUACUGAUGUUAUUGAUAGUUUGGAUAAAUCUCAAAAACCACUGGACUUGCUCUCCAAGUCGAAACCGAAAUACAUAAACCACAUGUUAGACAUAAAUGAUCGCCUAAAAGAACAAAAACUCCAGAUAUCGGAUAUCCUGUUUAUGGCCAACGUCUCUAACAUGCUAACAUCCGGUUACAUAUACAAGGUUUUAUCAAUCCCGUUGGAAAAGUACACCUGGUUUACAACAGAACACUCUGAAGCUUCAUUCAACAUACUAUCGACACAAAUUGGUGAAGAGGCAUGCUACGAGGUAUUCAUUGGUCACAAAUUUACUGAUAUUACAGCCGGGAACAAUCAUGCAUCGGUCAUAGGGCGAGUUGACUUGUUCGAUUAUGCAAGAUUAUGGGAGCUAAAAUGGACGAGUGCACUACGCCCGGAACAUGUGCUCCAAGUUGCAUUGUACGCUGCAAUCAACAAGCGAUCAAGGAUUAAAAGGUUCCGUGAAAAAGAGUACGUGGAUAGCCAGCCUUUAGAAUACAGAGAAAGGAUUGCGAAACGGAAGACGAAGCCGAAAAUCCCCAUCGACAUUGAUUACAACAACCUUGAAGAUGAAGAUCUUUAUAAGAAGUUAAACCGGCUUUCAAAUUACUUGCUGCAUGUCCCUACGGGCCAGCGAAUUAAGAUUAGUUCACCUCUUGGCGGGGAAAGAGAUGGCUUUAUUGAAGUAUUGAGGAAACUCAUCAAGGCGAAAGUAGAUCCACCGCCACUUGCAAUCACCGACAAGAAAUUUCUUGAGGAGGCAAAAAAUGGAUUUCCAAGCUUUGUUGGGCAAUGUGCCGUCCCUCCUUGGUUGAGUCCUGGUUGGAACAAGAUGAAAAAGCGAUCGAAACUAAAGUCCAAGACCGUGGAGGAUAAUACGGCUGGAUCUGGGUGA